GUUCAGCGCGUGGCGUUAAUCAUCAUCCUCAUCAUCAGUAGCCGCAGCUGUAGCAGCUCGUGCUGUAUAUGUAGCUGUGUAUGUAGCCUGCUGUAUGUAUCUCUGCUAGUUUAGAGCAGGAGCAGACGCUGGGAGAAAAACUGACAUGAGCUUGCUGUCGUGGUCAUGUGUUUUCCCCCACCCCUCUCUCGCUCUCUCGCUUUCCCUCUCUCUCUCUCUCUCUCUCUCCCUCUCCCUCACUCUCUCUCUCCCUCUCUCUCUGUGUGUGUGUAUACGAGCGUUUCUUCUCCUCUUGCACGUUAUCCAAGAGCUUUUGUUGCUUUUUUACCUUCUCCUUAAUUAUAUGCAUGUAGGUUAAAUGAAUACCUGACGAAAAGGCCCCCCUGUUUCUCGGCGCUGAAAUGCGAUAGCGGAGAGGAAAAGUGGCCGUAUUGAAAGCCCGGCUUUGGAAUUCCUCCCAUUCUGCUGGUUUCCCCCCCUUUUCCUCCUUUCUUGUUAUUUUUUUUAGCGUGGCAGAGAUGAUCAGUAGCACCGGUGUUUAUGGCUUAAAGAUGCAGUGGACCCCAGAGCAUGCGCAGUGGGCAGAGCAGCACUUCGACAUCUCCUCCACAACACGUUCGCCUGCACAUAAGGCUGAGGCGUACCGUGGGCACCUGCAAAGAACCUACCAGUACGCCUGGGCCAACGAUGACAUCUCAGCCCUCACUGCCUCCAACCUCCUGAAGAAGUACGCAGAGAAAUACUCGGGCAUCUUGGAAGGUCCCGGCGAGAGAGCACUGCUGUGCUCAUAUCCGGAAGGUGCUACGGGACUCUUGAACGGACGCAAAUCAGAAGGUGAAGCAUGGCAAGAAGGGAUCUACCCAAUGAACUGCACUGCAGACGUAAUAUCCGCGAGCAAGGCUGUCGUUCCUGCCGCUUUACCCCCGGGGGAUUCUGCAGCCAGUGUCUGCAGCUCCGCAGGGGUUCCCAGCAGCCUGAGUGAGCCCAGCUACUCCAGCAGUGGAUGCGGAAGCCACACACCUGCCGCCCUGCACUCGGGGAUCCCCUCUCAGGAAUUUGCUGGGGGCUACAAUGGCACAUACCUGCAUUCCACCUACAGUGGUGGGCAAAGUACCCCAUCCCUGGCCUCUCCACACCCCUCGCCAUUACACAGUAGUGGGCUCCUACAGCCUCCUCCUCCGCCGCCUCCUCCUCCCCCUCCUCCAACGCUGGUGCCCAGCUACAAUGCCGGCUCGCCCAACCUCUCUGGCUACAACUAUCCUCCUGCAGGCUAUCCCCCCCAGGCAGCUGUUGCUCCCGGCUACAGCCCUGGGGGAGCCCCACCUCCCUCAGCCUACCUGCCCUCAGGCAUUGCAGCGCCCACCCCACUGCCCCCCUCCACUCUCCCUGGCUAUUCCUACCAGUCGCAUAGCCAUGCACCGAUCGCACCAACACCUCUGAAUGGCAGCUCAGCCAACUCACUGAAAAGGAAAGCUUUUUACAUGACGGGGCAAGGAGACAUGGACUCCAGUUAUGGAAAUUUCAGCUAUAGCCAACAGCGCUCAACUCAAAGCCCCAUGUACAGGAUGCCAGAUAACAGCAUUGCUGAUUCAAGCAGAGGGAAUGGGUUUGACAGAAGUGCUGACGCGUCAUCUCUGCCGUUUAAGCCCACAAAGCAGUCAAUGUCCUCAGACCAGCAGCAUAAAUUUGGUGGUCAGUCCGGCAGAGCUAUUACUCCUCCAUCGUACAGGUCAUCCAAAGGGUCCAUGGGCUCGGUGCGAUCGGGAGAGUCGUUCGGGAAGUUUGGCUCACCUGUCAUGAGCGAGCACGGGGAAGAGCACAGGCAGCACUUGUCCCAUUCUAUCGGUACAUUGACUUCAAGUGGCCAUCCUGCCGAGGAACAGCUAAAGAAUAGUGAUUCCGGCCUCGUGGAGAUGGUCACCACAGAGAUUCUGCAGCAGACGCCCCCUGUCGACUGGAGUGACAUCGCUGGCCUGGAGCUGGCCAAGGCCACAAUUAAAGAGGAGGUCCUGUGGCCCAUCCUGAGACCGGACAUGUUUAGCGGCCUGGCACCGUUGCCUCGCAGCAUCCUCUUUUUCGGACCUCAGGGCACAGGACGGACACUGUUGGCCCGCUGCAUUGCUAGCCAACUGGGCGCUGCAUUCCUCCAGAUCAGUGGCUCAGCACUGGUCACCAAGUGGCUAGGGGAGGGAGACAAGGUGGUGCAGGCCUCAUUUCUUGUGGCUCGCUGCCGGCAGCCUUCGGUAGUCUUCGUUAGUGACGUAGAUCUGCUGCUGUCAGGCCAACUGAGUGAAGAGAGCCCUGUAAACCGUAUCAAAAGUGAGCUGCUCCUGCAGCUGGAUGGGGUGAUAAGCUCACCAGAGGACCAUGUAUUAGUUAUCUGUUCCACUAGCAAACCGGAAGAGAUUGACGAGUCCCUGCGCAGGUACUUUGUUAAGCGGUUGCUCAUCCCACUCCCAGACACUACAGCACGACACCAGCUCAUCAGUCAGGUGCUCGCCCAGCACAACUACUGCCUCAGCGACAAAGAGGUGGCGCUGCUUGUCCAGCGGACCGAAGGAUUUUCAGGGCUGGACGUAGUCCGGCUCUGCCAGGAGGCCAUAGUUGGACCCUUGCACGGCAUGUCUGGUGCGGACCUUUCCGGAAUCAUGCCGGGUCAGAUGAGGCCGCUGUCAUACCAAGACUUUGAGAAUGUCUUUUGCAAAAUCCAGCCCAGCAUAUCACAGAAAGAACUGGACACAUACACUGAGUGGAAUAAAAUGUUUGGCUGUAGUCAGUAAGAGGGGGAGGUUAGGGGGAACUCAUUGGGGCAAACUGUCCUGUUCUAAAGAGAGGAUACAAUUCAGAAUUCUUUGGAAGAAACAUGCAGUUUUAAAGGGUGGGUGUUACAAAUGCUAAUGGCCCUUAAAGAACAGUGAUAAGGACAUUCAGAAAUACCUGAGUGAUGCAUAGCUAUGCUUAAGUCCAUGUCUGGCCCUUUGCACAUAGUCCAACAGAGAAACCCCGCUCCUUGGCUCAACUCUGCUGAAACUGAGCAUCGCUUUCUGAGGUGCAGUGUCACUGAGAUGACCACGAGGACGAACUCCGUUGUGUGUAAAUAUCAUUCUGCUGUUUUUGAGAUUCUGUUGCAAUCAAGUGCCUAAAGUGGUGCUUUAUUGUUUUGUAUUUUGGUUGGUUUGUCUCACAAUCUACUUUGGUGGCAUGUGCUAAUAUAGAAAGCUUUAACCUGAGACUAAAACAGAUAUGUUCUGCUUUUUGUCAAUUCUGUCAAAAAACAAAAAACACACAAAAAAAACAGAAAAACAACAGUAUUCCUCAACUGAGUCUGACCUGCAGGCCCUGAGUGGGCACAAGAAAGAAAGUUCUCGCGGCAUUUGUAAUCCGGAUCCUAAUUUAUAGACAUCAUUUGCUUUGAUUUUCUUCAAAAACUCAGGAAAGUGAUUGUGAUUUGUACAGUACCUCAAAAGAUUGUGUCAAAGCACUACAUAUUGCAGUUAACAUUGGGUUUGGUUUUGAUUGAUUUGCAUUCAGUUAAAAGGUUAACCUCAGUUGAACAAAAAAAAGACAAGGAUAUGACUCUGAAUGUAACCAGAUAAUUUCUGGGCUGUUUGGGAGAAGAAGAUUGGGGGAGGGGAGUAUUUCUUUUUAUGUUCUUUAUUUUUAUUUUUUAUUUUUUUUUGUCAAAUCUUUAAGAAAACAGUUUCAUUCUGAGUACUGCUUGAAGUAGAGGGUUGAAGAAUGAAGAAUUCUGAAUUGUGUGCCAGUAUUGACUACAGCACCCUGUCCUCAUGCAUAGCACAGUACUGACUCUACGGCGCGAGCUCAUGUGUUAGAGAUGGGCACAGCUUAUUGUGCUGAUAAGGUUCGUUUGAAGCCUUAGCCACAAAAAGAGGAGACGCAGCGGACCACGACGUUUGUGUUUUGUAAAACUCUGUGUAUUUGUCUCUUGUCAAUGGACGGAAAAGACAGAUGCAUUGGAGUGAACCAAAACUUUUUUUUCCAAAAAAAAAAAGAGACCACCAGAUAUUAUCUCUAGAGGUUGAAAAACCUUGUUUAUGUUCUUUAUGUUGUUUUUUGACUCUGUUUUGCUGCUGUGUGUCAUCUGUGUAACAAUCCUGAAGGAUCUUGUGUACCCUGCAUUCUUUUUUCUACCUCAGUUUAGCACUGUUUCCUCUGAAAGCAGAAUUAAAGAGGCUAGCUUGACGUCCUAACCUUUUUGGGCUCGCUCAGCUAGAAAGCCUGCUCGUAGAA